CAGACCUCAUGGUACCCGGGACACAUGCAUGCUGCGCUGCGCGAGAUCCAGCAGCUGCUCAAUACCACCGACGUCCUUGUCGAGGUGCGCGACGCUCGUAUACCCUUGUCGUCGCGCAACCCGCUCUUUGCGCCGCUAUUGGCGCAGAAGCCGCGGGUCGUCGUCUACAACAAGCUGGAUCUGUCUUCUAUCGAUGGCAAGGUGGUGCGUGGCUGGGAUAGCCCACAUCCUGUACUGCUGCAAGACUCGAAGCGACCAGCAAGCGUAUCACGGCUAUUACGGGCGCUCAAAACGCUGACAGACAAAGAUGCGCUCUCUGUGCAAGGGACACGCGUGCUUGUCAUUGGUAUGCCCAAUGUCGGCAAGUCGACGCUGCUCAAUGCGCUGCGACAUCUAACGCUGAAGCGUGGCAAAGCAGCCAAGACUGGGGGACAGCCUGGUAUAACACGCUCAACGAACAGCAUCUUUACCCUCUUUCCUGCACAUGAUCAGACGGCUCCGACAUACCUGAUUGAUACGCCAGGCAUCAUGAUCCCAUUUGUGCCAGACUCAGAGACGAUGCUCAAGCUGUGCUUGGUCAAUAGUGUCAAGGACAGCAUUGUCGACCCGACGGUCGUGGUCGAUUAUCUCUUGUACAAGCUCAAUCUGCUGCCCGUGGAGAGCUAUACGACGCUUUACAAAACACAGCAGACGAACGAUGUCGAGACAUUGUUGCAUGCCGUCGCUGUUGCCCGUGGUAAGCUCAAGAAGCACGGAGAGGCAGACUACGAUGCCUGUGCGCAGAUACUCAUCCAAGACUACCGAAGCGGCAAACUUGGCUCUUUCUCACUCGAUGAUAUCUACCCAGCAGCGCUGCAAGAUCGCAUUGACCAAGAGGGCACCAUUCUCAGCAAAAGUCAAGCACGA